ACACAACCCUCCCCCCCUCUCUCUCUCUCCAUCAGAACCCAUUCCCUUGCUAUAGACCCAACCCCCUUCAAUUAGCCACUGCAAAAGGAAUGGCUUCCACAUUCGAAAGAGUCAUCAACAUCGCCAGAGACGGACAUUUCUCUUCAAAUCCCGAAGCCUCGAUCUGUCUCGAUGACCAGAACGAUGUCGAAGACCGAUCUCAGGAGGGUUUUGAUUCGAGAUCGGACUCGAUUUUUUGGGUUUCAUGAGAUUCGAGAUCAGAUUUUUUGUUUUCAUGAGGUGAGGCGCUUCAGAUUUUUGUUUUCGGUGAGGCGCUUCACAUGCCAGCCCAUAGCCACAGAGAUCAUCAAUCGAUCAUCACAGAGAUCAUCAAAAGAACGAUUCGCAAAAUCAUUCAUCUUCAUACCAGCCCUAACAAGAACCAUGGCAAAAGAUGCAAUAGCCCUAAUGGAUCAUUUGGGUUGGAGAAAAGCCCAUGUUUUUGGCCAUUCAAUGGAACAAGAACCAUGGCAAAAGAUGCAAUAGCCCUAAUGGAUCAUUUGGGUUGGAGAAAAGCCCAUGUUUUUGGCCAUUCAAUGGAACAAGAACCAUGGCAAAAGAUGCAAUAGCCCUAAUGGAUCAUUUGGGUUGGAGAAAAGCCCAUGUUUUUGGCCAUUCAAUGGGUUAGUCCAUGACUCUUAUCUCCAUUGAAAUUGUUAUCUUACUCUUUAAACACAAAUUUGAACUCAUGGAUGCAUAAUGCUGGCUCUAGAUUUUAUAUAAUGGGUUGCAUACUUAUUGUUUAUCAUGAUAAUUGAGUUAAUUACUUUUAGUUGUCUUAUACUUUUAGUUGCAUACUUAUUUUAUAUAAUCUGUUUUUAUUUUGGACGAAACUAGCUCCAAUGUUUAAUAUCUGUAGUUAUAUUUGUUUCCCGUGUAUCUUUUGUGAUUAAUUUUAUGAUUAGUUGUAUUGUAGUUGAAACACUU